CCACACCCGCCGCCACCGCACACCCGCCAUUGUCACCGCCACCGACGACACCGCCGCAACACUUGGCGACACCGCAGCCGCACUCGCCGCAGCUACCCCACCCGCGCCACACCCGCCGCCACCGCACACCCGCCAUUGUCACUGCCACCGACGCCACCGCCGCAACACUUGGCGACACCGCAGCCGCACUCGCCGCCACCGCACACCCGCCGUUGUCACCGCCACCGACGCCACCGCCGCAACACUUGGCGACACCGCAGCCGCACUCACCGCAGCCACCACACCCGCGGUGUGGAGUCGGUGGCGGCGACGGCGGUGGGUGUGGCGUUUGCGGCGGGUGUGGCGGCUGUGCCAGGUGCAGCUGCGGUGGCGGCAGAUGUGGCGUCGGUGGCGUCGGCGAUGGUGACGUCGACGGGUGUGCGGUGACGGCGGGUGAGGCGGCUGCGGUGUCGGCAGGUGUGGCGGCGGGGGCGACGGCGGCAAGUGAGGCAUUGGCGGCUGGUGUGGCGUUGGCGGCAGGCACGGCUGCGGUGUCAGACGGUGUGUCGUCGUUGGCGACGGUGGCGGCGAUGGAGGCGGAUGUGGCGUUUGCGGCGG